CGACAUGGAGGGCGAGGUGAAGGCGUGGAGCCUCGCCACACACCGACCCGUGGCACGCCACAGGCUACACGGGGGGCAUGCGGGCAUCAUCGCCAUGGACGCCGUGCCGCCCGCCUCUUCUGCUCCCUCGCUCGCUCACUCCCUGCUCAC